ACAACAUCCAGUCGUCAGUACGUCACUACUCCUCGUCCUUUCUCCAUUGUCCACAUAACAUGCUGCUAAAAGGAGACCUACCUUGAUGCUUGUAGUGAAUACAAACUACAAAUGGACCGCAGUUUGAAGCGACGUCAGGUGAAGCCUCUUGCUGCCUCUCUCUUGGAUGCCUUGGAUUACGACAGCUCAGAUGACAGUGACUUUGAAGUUGGAGAUGCCUCAGGGUCAGAUGGUACAGGCAAUGGCAGCGAUGAGGAAGGGUCUAAAGCGAGCGCCGCAGGAUCAGAAAGCGAAUCGGACAAUGCUGCGUCUGCAGAGGAUGGUAUAGAUGAGGAGGAGGCUAAAGACCUGGCUGCUGAGGACAACUUAACCGAGGAUGAGGACAAGAACAAACAGCAGCCGUCCUCGGACAGUUCCACCAAAGACACACCCACUGUCACCCCGGCAAAAGGCAAACGCAAAAGCAAGAAGACUCCCGAGCCAGAACCGGCAGCCGAUCCUGCGGCUGAAUCUACCUUGACGUCCGAACCUAGCAAUGUGAAUGCUGAAGAGUCUCAAGCCGAGCCUAAGAAAUGGAAUUUCCGCAGGAAUCGCCCCCUGCUUGACUUCACUACCAUGGAAGAACUGAAUGAAAUGGACGACUAUGACAGUGAAGAUGACAACGACUGGAGGCCCACAGCUGGGAAGAAGAAAAGCAAAGCAGCUGCUCAGAAAGGAGGCCCCGAGGAAGAGGAUGGGGGCAGCGCCAGUGACGACGAAGACGACGAUAACGACGAUGACGACGACGACGAUGAUGACGACGACGAUGACGACGACGACAAGGAAGAUGGUGAUGACAACAACAACAACAGUAGCAGUGAUAGUGAAAAAGAGGUGAAAAAGCCUAAGAAGAAGACGAAGAGUGGCAGUGCUUUUGAUGAGGAGCUGACAAAUGAUAGCAUGUCCCAAGGAAAGGGCAACGAGGACGCUUUGCUCGACCGGUCCCAGACCUGGAGCACUCAGCACAUCCUCAUCUGCUGCGUUUGUCUGGGAGACAACAGUGAGGAUGCAGAUGAAAUCAUCCAGUGCGAUAACUGUGGGGUCACUGUGCACGAAGGGUGUUACGGCGUGGAUGGCGAGAGCGACUCGAUUAUGAGCUCGGCCUCCGAGAAUUCGACGGAGCCGUGGUUCUGUGACGCCUGUAAGAACGGAGUGACUCCCAGCUGUGAGCUGUGCCCAAACCAGGAUGGAAUCUUCAAAGAGACAGAUGCUGGAAGAUGGGUGCAUGUGGUUUGUGCUCUUUACGUUCCUGGAGUAGCGUUCGGGGACAUCGAUAAACUGCGACCAGUGACACUGACGGAGAUGAAUUAUUCAAAAUACGGAGCCAAGGAGUGCAGUUUCUGCGAGGACGCCCGCUUCGCCAGGACCGGUGUAUGCAUCAGCUGUGAUGCAGGAAUGUGUCGUUCCUACUUCCAUGUCACCUGUGCACAGAGGGAAGGACUUCUCUCUGAGGCUGCAGCAGAAGAGGAUAUUGCAGAUCCAUUUUUUGCGUACUGUAAACAGCACGCAGACCGCUUUGACAGGAAGUGGAAAAGGAAGAAUUACCUGGCUUUACAGUCGUAUUGUAAGGUCUCUCUGCAGGAGAGGGAGAAACAGCUCACUCCUGAGGCUCAGGCCCGAAUCACCACCCGCCUGCAGCAGUACCGGGCAAAAGCAGAGCUGUCCAGGAACACCCGGCCUCAGGCGUGGGUUCCCCGAGAGAAACUGCCGCGACCUCUAACCUCUAGUGCCUCAGCCAUCAGGAAGUUGAUGAGAAAGGCAGAACUGAUGGGCAUCAGCACCGACAUUUUCCCCGUGGACACGUCCGAUGCCAACGCCAGCAUGGACGGACGCAGGAAACACAAGCAGCCCGCUCUCACAGCUGACUUCGUCAACUACUACCUGGAGCGGAACAUGCGAAUGAUCCAGAUCCAGGACAACAUCUCAGAGCAGAAGAACCUAAAAGACAAGCUGGAGAGCGAGCAAGAAAAACUGCAUGUGGAGUACAACAAGCUCUGCGAGUUCCUGGAGGAGCUGCUGAAUGUGAAUGGGGAGCUGCGGAGUGAAGGCCAGGCCAUCUGGACUCUGCUGGGGGGCAUCCUGGGCCAGAAACUAAAUACCCCAGCAAUCCUGAAAGCCCCCAAAGAGAGGAAGCCCAACAAGAAGGAGGGAGGAUCCCCAGGGAAGUCAGCAAGCCUGCCAGCUAUCCUCUACAGUUGUGGCAUCUGUAAGAAAAACCAGGACCAACAUCUGCUGGUGCUGUGCGACACAUGCAAGCUCUACUAUCACCUGGGCUGCCUGGAGCCACCGCUAACACGAAUGCCGAAGAAGACAAAGAAUAGCUACUGGCAAUGCUCUGAGUGCGACCAGGCCAGCAGCGAUGAAGCCGAUAUCGCUAUGGAGACGUUACCUGACGGCACCAAGAGGUCCAGGAGGCAGAUCAAAGGACCAAUCAAAUUCAUCCCACAGGAGAUGUCGCCGGAGCCCAAGAAACAUCAAGUGAGAGGCACGAGAACCAGAGGUCAGAAGAGGAAGCGAGUUCCCAUCUGUGAAGACAGAGACGAUAAAAUCGAGGAACCACUGCCACGUGAACGCCGACAGCGCCAGUCUGCAAUGCAGAAAAAACCCAAAGCAGACGACACGAGGACUGAGUGUACAACCUGCAAAGGACCGGGCGACAACGAAAACCUCGUGAGGUUGUGAGAACCGGGGCAGCCACCUCACCUCCCAUAAAAACUGGGGACAGAUGACCGUUGGCUUAGAGACAGAGAGAGGCAAAUUGAGGCAUUUGAAGAAUGACGCUCGGGUCAGGCUGAAGACCGUCACACCGUCACACCGCCCCGCGACCACCUCUGAUCCAAACUGGACCGGCAACUGUCCAACGAAAAUUGAGCAGAGCUGUCUGAGUCUAAACACGGAACACUAAAUGCUGAAGUGCGGCUGGAGCACUUGAAUCCUUUUUUUUCUUCUUCUUCUUUUUUUUGUUAAAUUGAAUUGCUUUUCCAUACUACCCGUAACUUGAUUGAUUGUUUGUGUGCUUUGGGUGCAAGUUUUUGACAAACUUAUUUAUACAAUUCAUGUUUCAAAACACAGUAUCUUUCUUAGGUUGAAAACAAUAUUAAAUACAGAAUAAAUCUAGAGCUUACCACUAGGGGAACUGAUGGAUGUACAAUUUAUCUGUAAGACAUUCAAAAAAUACCACACAGUCCUGUCAUUACUUCUUUAUUGUAAAGUGUUUCCUUUAGAACCAGGAUGUUGCUGGUGGACAUUAGACACAUAAGGACGUAUCAGACACAAAGGCUGAAAGGUGGCACCUUUCACCUAAAAGUUUCUGGUGAUUUCUGAGUUUAUUAGUUGCAGUAUUCCCACUGAUGACACAUGAACACGACUGUCUGCGCUGCAACUUUGAGUGAAGCUGGAGGACGUAUUUCAUGGGAUCUUUAGGAUUGUUUUCAAAUAUAAUAAGUCCAUCCGAAGCCCACGAGGUCCUUGAACGUCCGCGUGUCAGCUGAGUUUGUUCGGCCGCUUGCUUCAAAACUGCACUCUUUUUUUAUUUGAUUAUUAUUAUUUUUUUAUUUGAUUUUAUUUUUGCAUCUUCUGACUUUGGACUCAAAUAAACACAAAUAAAUCCUCUCUAUGCCUCUAGGUGCUCACCUGCAUCCACUAACACGUGAAUUCUUUCAGAGCAACAGAGUUUUUUUUUUUUUUUUUUCUCUCCGAGGCUGGUGUUCUGCACUUUUGCCCUCUAUAAAUGACUUCUCGUCAGAACCGAUCAGUAUUAUUGAUUGAAGUCAUCUACUACCCAAUCACUCUGAGCUUUUCAGUGUAAAUCUGAUUAAUUGCAGACACACUUGAACCUAGACUAGAGUAUUGUGUUGUUUUUUUUUUUUAAGUAUGUGGAGGACCAAACUUAUUCAGAGAAGUCACGUUAUGCGUAGAAAAAUAAGUAAACACUUUACUUUCUGUUGUAUCACGUAUAGCAGUGAAGUAAUGCUAACAUAAAGUGUCUGUAGUAGAAGCAAACUAGCGUAGUUAGCGGUAAUAGCAUUUAAAUAUUAGUCCGAAUGUCUUAGGUUCCAUUAGGGACUUAGAAGUCUUCCUCUGUUUCUGUAUCUGGAAGUGACAGUCAAACUGACGCGUCCUCAGAAAGAAGCCCAGCUUCGUCUCCUCGUCCCCGGUCGCCCAUAUUUCUGUCAAAACAACAGCUGCAUGCUGCUCUGUCAGGGCGCAUGACGAGUGUCACAUCCUGCCCUCACAUGUCACUCCGUUGCCUACCCGGGGUCCUGUGUGCAUGCUUUUGGGAGCAGUCGAACCGGUGGAGUUUGCUGCUGGUUUGGUCUCCGUAAGGUCCCGGUGCAGAAAUGACUCGCUGACUCCCGUCCAGCCCCCCCCCCCCCCCCCGUCUUUCCCAUCAUUCGCAGACGGGAUGGGCCAGUCUCAGAAAGUGUGCGUCCCUCCUACAAUGCAUGGAUAUAUCUAUUUACCCAGAUCUGUACAAAAUUUUAAAACCGAAAAUAAGUCGUGUGGUCUUGUAGAAUUUGAAUGCCGGGUAGCGUCGUAGCGUGAUAGUGUGUACAGUAUUUAUUGAUGAGGCCAUACAUGCAUAUAUGUGUUUCUGUUGUGUGCCUAGAUACUUGAUUAUAUCAUAAGCCUGUGUUGUGAACAGAGUUGAACUCUGAUUUGUGGUGCAGUCGUGAACCGACUGCGUCAUUUUCUUUAUUUGCCAAACAUUUGUUUACCGAGGUAUGUUUAAGGGAACAUUUUCUGAUAAAUUGUGUGCUGUAAUACUGUGGUUGUGUAUGAAGUAAGAAUGUGAAUGUUGCUGCUGUUGUGUAUUUGAAGUGUCUCAGCCUCUGGCCUAUAGCUCUUGGAAAAUUAAGCAGAGCUUUAAUAAACUCUUGACUUUUUCACCUUA